AUGGAUAGAGAGAAGAAAAUACAGCUCAAGAGAGAACUUGGCUACUUCUGGGGGACAAAUUUUUUAAUUAUUAAUAUAGUUGGUGCCGGAAUAUUUGUGUCUCCCAAAGGGGUCCUGGAGUACUCUUGCAUGAAUGUGGAGCUCUCCCUGUGUGUUUGGGCUGCCUGUGCUGUACUGUCCAUGACCAGCACUCUCUGCUUUGCAGAGAUAGGUAUAGCCUUCCCAUGCAGUGGAGCUCACUACUAUUUUAUCAAGAGAUGCUUCGGCCCUUUAAUGGCAUUCUUGAGUCUUUGGACCUCCUUGUUUCUGGGCCCAGGGUUAACUGCUAGCCAGGCUCUGCUGCUCGCUGAGUAUGGCAUCCAGCCUUUCUAUCCCAGCUGCCCUGCCCCACAUCUACCCAAGAAAUGUCUGGCCCUGGGGGUGUUGUGGCUUGUGGGAAUUCUGAAUUCUCGAGGCGUGAAGGAGCUCUCCUGGCUUCAGGCAGUGAGCACAGUGCUGAAGAUGGGCAUCCUCUGCCUCAUUUCCCUCAGUGGAGUGUUCAUGCUGGUGAGAAGCAAAAAGGAGAAUGUAGAAAGGCUUCAGGACGCUUUUAAUGGGGACUUUCCAGAGCUCUCCCAGCUCACAGAGGCAGUCUUCCAAGGAUACUUUGCUUUUGCAGGCGGAGGAUGCUUUACCUACGUAGCAGGAGAGCUAAAGGAACCAAAUAAAACAAUUCCUAAAUGCAUAUUUACAGCACUACCUCUGAUAACUGUGGUUUAUUUACUGGCUAACGUUUCCUAUCUGACGGUUCUGACGCCCAGGGAAAUUCUCUCCUCAGAUGCUGUGGCUAUUACGUGGACUGACAGAGUCAUCCCCCAGUUAACAUGGAUUGUUCCUUUUGCUAUUUCUCUCUCCUUAUUUAGCAACCUUGUGAUUACUGUACUUGAAUCAGCAAGAGUGACAUACAUUGCAGGCCAGCAAGGCCAACUGCCUUUGAUAUUUAGAACACUUAAUAUUCACUCCUCUCCCUUUAUAGCUGUGCUAUUAAACGUCAGUAUGGGAUCCAUUGUAAUUGUCUUGACAAACCUAAUUGAACUGAUAAACUAUCUUUAUUUUAUGGAUUCCAUUUGGACCAUGUUGUCAAUGAUAGGAAUACUGAAACUGAGGUACCAGGAGCCUAAUCUAUACCGACCUUAUAAGGUGUUUUUACCAUUCACCUUCAUAACAAUAGCCAUCUGUCUAUGCUUGGUUUUGAUACCACUGGUCAAAUCUCCAAACAUGCAUUACAUCUACGUGCUCAUCUUCCUCCUCAGUGGGCUGCUGUUUCACAUACCAUUGAUACACUUUAAGUUGAAGUUGAUUUGGUUUGAAAAGAUAACUUGCUACCUGCAAUUACUGUUUAAUAUUUGCAUCCCAGAUGUGUCUGAUGAGCUUGUGUCAGAAGUAGAAGCUUGA